AUGGACGGUUUUCGUCCUCCUGGCUGGGAUUGCCAUUGCAGCCUUGGUUGUUCCAACGAUCAUCCCCGCUUCCUUUCUGCGUCUCCGUUGCGUAUGGAGUCGUCCUUCGAGAAGAAGACAUGCCUCACCCUUACUGAAUCAAAGCUCCUGCAUGAGAAAAAUAAACCGUUUCUUUAUUUUGUGCCAGCUGUCAGGCCGUCCGUCUCACCGUCCAAACCUUUUUUGCCCCCUUCUGCAUCCAAGAAAGAAAACCUAGUGUCCCGUCUUGAGUGGAUGGAAAAAGCAGAGUUUCGCUUUGCAGGACCAGUGUGGUUACGGCUAUGA